GUCCAAUCAAACAGACGUAGUUAAGGUCCAAUGGUUUUAGGUCAGUAUGUAAUUAGUAACACGCGUUCGGCGUAUUUAGAUCCUUGACUUUGUUUUCUACGUUCAGUGUGGCGCUGGGAUCUCACAUGGUGCACAACGUAUUCUUGACGUACCUAUAAACCGCGCCAUCGCAUUACGUUAAAAACACAUGCUGAUCGUUUUUUGUAUUUCCUAAUCCAGAAUAAUACUCCAAUAAUAUGAUCUUAUUUAAAUUAAUAUACACCGUGUGCAGUGUUGUGCAAUUAUCGUGUAUCGUCCAUUCCAACAGAGGUAAGCAAUCCAUCAGUUAAUCUUAUAUUAUUACUAUAUUAAUUACGAACAACAUACAUGUUAUACAAUAUACCGAAAAACCAGAAUGUCUAUAAUAAUUCGUGGCUAUGAAACUAAUAUAGUGGGUAAUACAUAAUUUAUAGAUUUCGUCCAUCGUUUGACUAUUGAAGAUUUAGCGACGCGGGACAACGUCUUAAACGUACCGGUCGCUUUGCCCACCGGCUAUGUCGUAAACCGUCCGAGUCAAACUGCAGCUAUCGGAGAUCGAGUGGACGUAAACAAAGACGGGCAGAAUAAAGAAGUACGUAUAAAAUGUAUUAAACAUAGUUCCCCCCCCCAAAAAAAAAAAAAAUAAACCGCUUUACAAAUUAAUUGGUAUUGUAAAGUUUAGUUAAAAAACGGACUAAAAUAUUAUAAAGAUAUAAGUUAACCUGUUGAAUUCACCUAUACCUAACGUAUUUAAAGGUUUCGGAAACCGACAUGUAUUUACUCGGUGCUAUAGAAAAGUUAGUGCACAGAAUGGAUUUAAUGGAAAAACGAUUAAAACGUUCAGAAGAACUUAUUCAGCACAUCGUAGAAGGGAGUGCAGCAAAUAGAGAAGGUAAGCUAUACAUACGUAAAAUAUGUUAUGUAAUUUUUAAAAUAAGAUAGAAUCGUGUUAGUUUUUAAUGAGUCCGAGAGCUGCAAACCGUUUAAAUAAAAACAUUAAGAUUAAAGUAUGUAUUUUGAAAAUAAUAUUAAAUUGUAUAGGUACGAUGUGUUCAUUCACCUUAUGAUUUUCAAACAAUUGCACCGAGACUCAAAAAAAUAACAUUAAUCUAUGCAGGGGUAUUAUUGAUUAUUAAAACUGAUCAAAGUUAUGUGAGAAAUAUAUUUUUACCUACUAUAUCGAACAUGGGUUUUUAUUUUCUGAAACGAUUGUUUAAAGUAUCUACUUAUUUAAAUGUUAAAAUUCUAUUAAUAGUUAAAAUUAAGAAUUUAAGGUAUAUGAUAUCCUUUGAUUGUAUGCGGUUUAUGCUGACGAUUUAAUUACAGGCUGUAAUUAAUAAUGAAUUUUAUGGCUUGUUAAAUACUAAUUAUAAUUCUGAACGGCAUAAUUAUUGCCAAUUGGUAAUUAGUAUUUCGAAAAUAUUUAAAAAUAUAUUAUUUUCAUAGGUAAUAGUGUUUACAAUUUAUUUAUUUAUUUUUUAAAUUAACACGUGUUAUUUACUAUAGGCCAAUAAAAACUAUGAGAAAAAAAACAAAAUAUUUAUUUUGGAGAUUAAUAUCUACUUGAAAAUAAAAUAGUAAACACGAAGAAAAAACUUCAGUCUGGAAUAGGCAGUAGGUACCUAUGCAGAUUGUUUGUAUUUAAGUUUUAUUUUUCCGCCUUUGUCGUAUUUUAUGAUGAUUUUUUUGGAAACCAGUUUUAAAUACACACUACUUUAUAAUACUCCAGGCAUAGUUUUUUUCUUUAAAUAUUUAUUUCUUUAUUCGUAUUUUACACAUUUAUAGUUUUUUUUUUUUUCUGCUGUAAUUAUUUAAAUGUUAUAACAAAUAGUUAAGAAAAAAAAAACUUAACACGCGUUUGUUUUAUCCGAUAAUUAUUAUAUACCCCCGAAAAUUAUAAUAAUAUUGAUAUGUAUGAUUAGGUAUAUUUCGGAAUAUAGGUAUAAUAAUUAUAGUAUACUUAUCACGUAGGUGAUACCGACUAAAAACAAAUAUAAAAAUAAUUUCAAUCAUGUACCUAAAACCAAAUAAAAACAAGAAAACGUCAAAUGCCUCCUACAAAUAGUUAAUAAAUUCGAUUGAAUGUUUUUAAAAUUUUACCAUAUUUAGAAAUGACUAAUAAAAGUAUCCGGUGCGAUUUUCAAGUUUCUACGAUUACUUUUAACCAAAUGACAAAAACAAAAAAAAAACAAAAAAUCGAUAUUAAUGAAAGCUUUAAUUCCGUAAACUUUCUCUUUUUUCCUACGGGUUUUCCAAAUUAUUAUGAAAACCGCAAGGAAAAUAAAAAAAAAAUGGCAUCUACUACGCGCUAACCUGCUCCAACGUACUACAAAAAACCUCUCGUGUCAUUUGUUGAUUGGCACAAGAUUCCAGGUAGAAAAAUUGUUAAUAAAUGUAAAAAAAAAAGCGCACAUAGUUGAAUCAAUAUACAUUCCUUCUCGCUGCACUCAGAAUCUAAAAUUAUAAAUAGAUUAUUUUAGUAAUAAUAAUUGACUGUAUGGUUUAAUUUUGGGUAACAUGUAGUUAUUGUAAAUUAUCAUUUAGUAGGUACCUGACUAAUUUACAUACAUUUCAAAAUAAAAAUACGCAGGUUGGUAAUUUAUAGUAAUUACUAAACAUGGCUGCUAUAUAUUAUUAUGGGUAGGUAUGUACUUUUUAUAGAGCAAUUACACUGAAAACUUUUUUAUUUUUAAUAUCCAUCCUAAUAACAAAUUAGAACUGUUAGUCGAAUAAUAAUAGCAACUGUUGUAAUUAUUAGACUAUCCGGGCUAAAGAUUAGGUUUUGUAGUGACAUAAUGUAUAACAUGGAAUUUGUAUUUUUAUCAUCCCAUUAUUUGUAGAAUUACUAAUAAAUAAUGCAAAAAAAUAUGUAUACUUAAAGAAUUUUAUAAAUCAAAUAAAGUAUAUGAUGUGAAUGGGAUACCUAACUGUGGUAACUAUAUUUAUAUUUUGUGUACUGAAAGCAAUAAUAGGUACCUAACGAUAAAUCGUUGCAAUCAAAACUGAUUCCGAGCGGAGUAGUAUGAGUAGGUAGUCCUGUUUUUAGUCUCCUAGUCCUGUUUUUUCCCCCUUACAGCCAAAAGGUAAUUCAGAUAUCAACAAAAAAAAAACUGAUGUACCUAAUGUUAUUUAUGAUCAGUUUUUUAAAUUAUUUAGAAAAUUCGUUGAUUUUUAAAUAAAUUACCAUCGGAUGAAUAACCGCAUUUGUUAAGGUAGAUAUGAUACAAAUAAUUUGGAACAUUUUUAUUUAUAGAAAAAAAAAAAAAAUGCAUAUUAGUAAAACUAAUACACUAAUAUUACUUCUCUACACUCGAAUCUAAAGUGUGUAGAUAUUAUGUUUAUGUAUCCAUUAUUUAUUAGGCAAUCACUUGCAAUUACUAAAUAGUUUUUUUAUUUUUAGAUUAAACAAUUGCAUUAUAUAUUAUCAAUAAAUAAUUGUAGACACCUUAUACGAAAAAUUUACAAGGAAAUUAUUUUUAUCGCUUGUUAAUUUGUAACAUACAUUAAAGAACGAAAUUAAACAGAUUUUCAAGGGAAAUUUAAAUUAGAAACAAUAUUCUUUCUCGCCUAUAUUGAUUAAUUUAAAUGUAUUCUCGUAUAUUAUAAGUACCGUUCGAAAUCUAACCUAACCUAUCCUAUUGAAACCAAAAGUUUCGUAUAGAUACGAAUUAUCGUAUGAGCGGUUAUGUAUGGUUUCUAUAAUUAUACAGCAUAUUAUAUAUUUUAUAUAUACGUUUAAAUUUACGAUGACCUCACUUAUACAGUUGGUAAAACAAUUGUUGCACUGAGCUUUAAUUUUCAAUUUGUCUCGUUUUCGCACAAAAGAUGUCAUUGAAGUACGAGGAAAUUGUAAGGACAUUUUAUAUCUUAUAUAUGGAUAGUUUUGAAUAGUAAUACUGCAUACCUAAUGUACAAAACAAAUAAUUGUUUUGAGUUAUAGAAAUUAUUGUAUUUCAAUUCACAGAGUAAAAUAUCCUUCGGAAGUUUUAUACUUUUCAUUUACUAUAUACAUUUUGAAACGUCAUUCAGAUUAACCUGACCUACCUGGUCGUAAUAUCUAUUCACUUGAAUAAUUCAUGAUGCAGUUAAAAUUAAAAAUAUUUAUGAUAUAUCUUUAGUCCCGGGGUAGAAGAGCUCAAGUCAUUGUCUAUAGUUUUCAAUACAAGCAAAUUUAAUUUUGAAAAUACAUACACUUAUGUAGUGGUGUCAUUUAGAGCGGAAAAAAAACAUUGGGGAAAAAAUGAUAUAUAAAAAAAAGACAAAAAUUGACGUGAAGCAUUCUUUUUUAAAUUCAAAGAUAUAUGGUAUGUACAUUUUCGAACGAAUAUAUUUUCAUUCGAUUUAAAUAAAAUUAUAUCACUGUAAAUACGAUUAUGAGAAGAACACAUUUAUUAUUUUCUUCGCGUAUAAUAUAAUUAAUAAUUAUGAUGAUAUUGACUAGAUAAAAUAUGAAUAUAAUAUACAAUUUUUAUUUUAAAAUUUUGUCGAACUUUGUCAGUAUGAUGAUAUUUUAAAUAAAGUACGAUAUGGUACUUCUUAUACAAUGCGCAUUAUCGUGUAUAAAUAUAUUGGCCUUUAAAUUAUAUAUAAUCUAUUUACUUCUUUGCUGUUAACUUAAAAUUAUAUAUUGUAAAUUACCUGUUAAUAAUAUCUAUUAUUUCAAAAUCAAAAAAAAUCAAAUUCAAAAUUCGAUCUUUUAUAAAAUAAUGACAGUAACUACUUAUUUAUUAUAAUUAUAAUAUAAUAUUUUGUAUACUUAAAAAUUAAAAUUUAAAAUAAGCAUAAUAUAAUAAUCAUACAUUUUUAACAAAUAUUUUAAUAGUUGGGAUGUUACUGCUACAGUGAUUAAAUAAUUAUGUGCGAUAAAACAACUAAAUAACAAUAAUAACAGCGACUCGGAAGUUAAUAUUUUUUAAUCAUAUAAGUAUAUGGUAUUUUUCAAACAACUUGACAUUAUAAAUAGCGAGAUAACAAUAUUUAAAUAUAUCAUUUUUCAACUAUUAUCAUGGUGCCAUCUUAUUUAUAAUAUACUAUAGGUAGACACACUUAAACACCUAUACCUACUCUGAAAACGCACUAUGUUUAUCAUCGCACUGUAAAUAUACCUAUAGUUCAUAACUAUCAGUUGCGCAAUUAGCAGCUCAUAAAUGUCGGAGAAAGAACUUGAGUCCCAUCAUAAUAAUAAAUAAAUUUGAUCCAUGGGGGAUUUGCCUCUAAAUUGGGAAGGGCUUCAGACGACCCAUGGGAGCGCUUAAUCCCUCUACCCCCCUUGAUUACGCUAUUGGUUACCAUUCUUCUGUUUUAUUAAAAUUCAAUAGUUAAACAAUAAUUAUUAUUGUUUGUUUUUUAUGUAUAUAUUCUUUUUAGAUCGGAACAUAAUAUAAUAGAACUUUAAGAAAAAAAAAAUUGCAAAGCGCACCUAACCGCAAUAUUAAAAUACUAAUUAUGUGCGUCUAUAAUUUUAUUAUGUUGUGUUAAAAUGCCGAACCGAAGUCUAUGUGAAAAAUAAUAUCAUCUACUUUUACAAACCGAUAUAUGAAAACUUAUGUUUGUUUCGUUAUUUAAUAAAAUCAAUUUUGUUGUAUCUUAGUUUUUAAGUUUUUUAUGUUAUGAUUAUCACCCCCUUAGGUUUUUACAGAUGGGCACCCUCGAAUACAAAUACAAAUUAAUAAUAAUAAAUAUAUUUAUUAUUUAACUAUAAUUAAUACACAAUUUAAUAAUGUAGCUGUAUAUUAUACGAUGUACACUGCACACAGGCACGUGUCUAGAGUUGAGCCAAAUCCCCCUUCGAAAUAUGAAAAAUUCUACUUCUUAAGCAUUUAGUCCUAUAGUUCGACAUUAUAAUUUUUUUAAUUGUAUGCACUGCUCCUCGAAAUUUUUUUUGUGUGCGUGCCUGGUUGUACUGCAGUGCACAUUGUGCACUAGCGUACACUUUUAUUAUUACUGUUUAUAUUUUGGCGCAGAUCCUUGUCCCGGAAAUUUCACGCGAAUCGUACACGCCUGUUAUCACUUUAGCGAGAGACAGUACAACUGGAAAUCGGCCAUGUCAAUGUGCAAGAGUUUGGGUGGAAAUCUGUUGGAGUUCGACAAUAAAGACGAACAGAUCGACGUGCUGACGUAUCUCGUAGGUGACAAGUACCUGAGAGGUGAGCCUCAACAAUUAAUAAUAUUAAUUUACCUAUCACGCUUUUAAACUUUAAAUGUGAGAGCGGCUAUUUUUUUUGUGGCGUGCAAUUUUAUCAUGGAUGACAACAAAUUUAUUCUUGUAAGUUAUUGAUGACGUUUGGUUUUAAAGAGCGAAAACUGCAAACAUGUAUUAGAAAUAAUUUUUGCGAUUUCAUUUUUUUUAAAGCUAGCCAUUUACUUAUAUUUAAUAAGAGAAAAAUUACGAAUUUUACACAAUUGAAAGCCGCGGUAAUAUCAGAAAUAGUAAAAGUUACAAAACCGCCUUCGAACUGUGUAAUAAUAGUGAAAGAAGUUGAGUGGGACAGGGAAACGCAUUUUGUUUACAAAUUCAUUUUCUGCUACUAAUAGGCGUAUUUUGGCGCUGGAGUUUUCGGUAAACAUGGUUUGCUGUAUUGUUUGCUACUCGAUUGCAAUAUCGCUAAAACUUUUUGUUUACUGUAUAGCAUUUUACCAACGGAUAACCUGCAGUAAAUAACCGAAUACAGAAAACCUAGCUUUUAACCGUUUACUGGUUCCGGCAACUUUGUUGUCGAAAGUACAUUCCGUUGUUAAACAAUACUAUUGCAGUAAACAAUAUCCCAAAAAAAAAUGUGUUCGCCAAACUAUGAUAGCAACCUGCAGGUUGCUCAAAAUCACAUCGCCAAAACGCGCCUAAUAGUAUUCUUCCUAAUAGCUUAACGGGUCAUGUGCAUAGUCCUAUCACUACCACCACUGUAUCGCUCUGUCGUUACGUAUCACUCGCACGUCCUUUCAUCGUGUUCGAGGGGGAGGAGGGAGGAGCCUUCCGAAGGGUCUUUACCCCUAAUUCUUUCAUCUGUUACUCGUUUGAUUGUUCUACCAUCGUCUAAUAUAUUCUCAUCAUCAUACAUUAUUCUAUAUCCUCUGGAUUUUGCUAAACAGUUUAAUAUAGGAUGUUUGAUCGCCCGUAAAUAUUUUGUAAGUUCUAUAAAUUGUCGCGUGCGCGAUAAAUUUUAAACAGGUUACGAUUAUUGGACGGGCGGUCUGAACCCGGGAUUGCUGUGGAUCUGGGCGAACAGCGCGCGGCCGGUGGUGCCGAAGGACUCGACGAGGCCCGAAGACCAGAUCGCCGGGUCCGGGCGGUGCCUGCGACUCACGCCCAACGCCGCGACCAAGGUGUACUCGUACUCGGGCGCCGAGUGCAGCAACCGACACCGGUACGUGUGCAAGCACGAGGAAAACGCGACGGACAAAGCGCUGACCAGAAUACACAAAGCGCUAAAGGACGGCGACGGCCGAUCCCGGACGACCGUUGCGGCAACGCCAUCGUCGUCGCCGAUCCUAGCCGAAACGUAGUGUUACGUAACGUUAUUAUAAUAUACCCGACGAAAAUAUAAUAUAAUAUUGUAAAUCGGGAGAGGGAGAGAGGGGCGGAUCCGCUAUAGCGAUAAUACUUAUCGCGAGGCGGGGGGGGGGGGCAGAGGAUGGGGUGCCGACAAAAAUCCUAAACGAAAUUACAGUAUAUAGGUAUAAUUAUAAAAAAAAAAAAAAAAGGAUAUCCAGGACAGUAGAGUCCUGGUUAAUAUUCUGUUAAAACGUUUGAAAUAUGAUAUGUUUAUACGGAGCGAAAAUUUACAAAAUAUUCUCCACGAAAAAAAAAAAAAAACGUUUAACGGUUAACCAAAACAGUAAGACCUUAGUCAUACUGCAUCGGUACCUAUAUUGAUGGGCGUCGCGAUAAUCAUUGUAUCUAUGCUAUAUUCAUCUUUAAUAUUGGUGAAACCGUGGGUACCGCCUGUCUGUGUACAAAUAUACUUGUUGUUUAUACCUUCCUUUGUCUAUUGUCUACGGCCGGAUUUCAUGCCGUUAACGACUAACAACAAUUUAUCACAAGAGAUUGCCGCCGAGUAACGGCGUCUAAAAAUUGAAACUCGACAAGAACCUCAAAAAUAUUCUCUAACAAUAUUAUAAUCCAAUGUAGCGGAAAUAUUCCGAAAUAUUCUCCAAGGUGAAAAUAUGCACGAAUACGCGAAACGAAAAACUUUUUUUCUAUAGAUUCUACGGGUUAUAAAACGCAAACGUACUUCCGAUUACUUCCGACAAAAACGUGCUGUUUUUGCACGCGCAAAAAGCACGCGCCCGUUAAAAAUGCGUUUUUAUGUACAAAUCUGGACUCUAAUUUUAAGUGAACGCUGCGGCUGAUACAGGUCCCACAGAAUUUUUAUAUGUAAAGAAUAGGCGAUUUUUUUUUGAAAAUAAUAAAAUCAAUCAGUUUGAAAAUAUUUUUUUAUGAUUUUAAAAAAAACGGCCCCGUGUCCUAGGCACCCUGCCCACCCCUUCGGAUUCGCGCCUGUUGUAAAAAUUGUGCUUAUAUAUAUAUAUUUAUUAUACUCGUAUUAUACAAUAAUAUUAUUCUACUUAAAAAAAAAAAAAAUUAAAAAAACAAUGAAAUUUAAUCGAGAAACGCGCAUUCGGAACGCGAAAAAUUAUUUAUUAUUGUGAUAGAUUGUGUACUAUUGAUCUAUUUAUUAUGUAUUAUUUACAUCAUACAUAUUAUUAUAUAUUUGUUAUUUAUUUUGUUUGUCUAUUAUUGUUCUCGGAUACUUUUUCACCUACAUUAUAUUGAUGUAGGUAAAAAAAAAUAUAUAUAUACCUUUUUUAUUGUAUUAUUGACGUUAUUGUCUACAUAGAAAUUGUUCGAUAUCAUCGGUAUUGAAACGCACGGUUAAUAAUAUUACGAUUAAUGUUAUAAUUACAUAUAUGUUAUUAACAUAUAAGAAGCUCGACAAUUAGAGUCAGGAUGUUUGUACACUAAAAAUCGAACAAAAUCAAAUUUUAACUAGGACUGUAUAGUGCAGAGCGACACGCGAAGGAAAAAAGCGAACGCUACGACACGGAUACAAAGUUCUUCCUUAAAACGUUGCGCGAUUUUAGCAAUUCUAUACUAUGCGCUACAUUAAUACGGGAAGAGUUUUAUCACGGAUUUGUCCCCGGAAAAACCGUAGUUUUUACGAUCGAAUUACGGAGCUGUGUAUCUGCACGUUCUCUGGCCCGAAUCUGAAGGAAAAUUAUGUGUAUUUCGUGUAAACAAAAAUUAUUUUCGUAACGCAUACUUUGCCCGUUUUCCACCGGCGGAUUCGACUAUUUUAUUAGGUUUUCGCUUUUUUUUAACGCGCGUAAAUAUCCCGACCCUAUACCUGCUGCGUACAUUUUAACUCGCGUUUAAUCGCAACGCCUAAUCUCCCUAUAAUCGACGUCUGAUAACAACUGAUAACAAAUAAUAACAAUAAUAAUAAUAAUAAUAAUAAUAAUAAUAAAAUGCGGUUAGCGGAAAUAUUUUGACGGGGUCGGCGUGUGUAUUAUAUCAGUGUCUGGAUGGGCGAAUCGACGGCCGUUGCGGCGGAGACGAACAGAGCGACGGCGGCGGCCGCGACGAUCGCCAAAUAACGGCCAUUGUUCCGGCGACCGUCCGAGAACACCGGGUGCGUUCGGGCCAUCAUCCACUCGUAGCCCAGCCGACUGCGGUUGUUCUUCAGCAGCUCGGCGCCCA